AUGGCCUUCAAGGAGAUUUUCUAUUUUGACGAAAACGCGUAUAAGCAACGAGUCCAGACAUAUGCCGACGGCAAGUUGUAUGCUGAGCUUGCCAAGCGAGAGACCUUCAAACGUCGCCGCAUCUAUUCAACUGGAGUCAAGAUCACCAUCUGCAGCCUACUACUCUUCCCUACCUGCGGUGGUACUGGAUUUGGUCUCUUCAUCGGACUUCGACAACGUCAUAUCGCCAAGAAGAAGUACCAUCUUGUCGUCGAGGCGAUGAAAGCUCAAGGGUUUCCUCUGCCUGAAAAGAAGAAGCGUGACAAGCUUAUUCCUCUUGCCGUCAACAUCAUGAUCUACUCACUGACAUUGGGUAUCAUGUUUGGUCUGGAAGAGGCUGGCGUCAUCGCAGCAAAUGAGACUGCUGAGUACGGGCUGCAGGGUUCGGCAAACCUGGUUGAUCCAACCCUGACGGGCGAGGCCCAUGCAUUUGUUACCAAUCCAGGAGAUUUCAUGCAAGGCAUGAUGCACGGGGUUCAUACCCAGGCCUCGGAGCUGAAUGGCCUAGUCAAUGUCCAUGAAACCAUGGUCCAGCAUGCGCUCAAUAGCAACCUUGAACAGCCUAUUUCCGACACUAGUUACCAAUACCUGUCGGGUGAGACUGCUGGAGCGCAAUUCGCCCCUGUUGUUGAGCGUCUUGCGGCAGUCACGAUUGCUGGAGAAGGUCUGGAGAAGAUUGCCAAGUAUGGUGUUAAUGAUUCAUUGAAACGAAAACCUGUCGCGAUGCAAAAAGGAGUCAUGGUGACAGAAAUUCCGAUUGCAGCGCCUCAUACAAAGUUGGCAGCAUGA